CCCUGUGAGCACAAGGCACACCGAGAGCCUGGGGCUCUGCUGAGAGGGAUUUGUGUAACGUGCACCUAAACCACAGGUCACGUGGCGGCCUUUCCGCUCUCACCCGUGUCGGUGGCGGCGGCUGCAGUUCCGUGGCCAUGGCGCGGUGCUUGGCAGUGCCGCUCUGAGCCCCCUCACCAUGGCCCUGAGGCGGCUCCUGCAGCAGAACCACACCACCAACCCCGUGGGCUCCUGCCCUGCUGACGGGGAGCUGGCACUGCCCAUGGACGGCCGGCGGAUCCAGCUCCUGGCCAGCACGGUGGGCACGCUGCCCCGUGGGCGCAAACAGCUUGCCUUAGCCAGAUCCAGCUCCUCGGGUGACUCCUCCAAGCCACAAAGACACCUGGUUGCUAUAUUGAAAGAAGAUAAAGAGACCUUUGGGUUUGAAAUCCAGACUGUUAGGUUUCCAAACCAAAACGAUUUCUCCCUGGAGGUGUGCACUUGCAUCUGCAAAAUUCAAGAGGAAAGUCCUGCCCAUCUCUCUGGCCUACAGACUGGCGACAUCCUCGUCAGCAUCAACGGCGUGAACACCGAGGGCUUCGGUCACAAGCAGAUAGUGGACUUGAUAAAGUCUUCAGGGAACUACUUGAGGUUAGAGACGGUCAAUGGGGCCUUGUUCCUGCGGAAAAUGGAGCUGGAGGCCAAGCUGCAGGUCCUCAAGCAAGCGCUGCACCAGCGGUGGGGGGAGCUGCGGGCGCUGCUGGCCCGGGAGCGGCACUUGCUGCACGGGAAGGUGACCGAUAACGCUCUGCUGGGCGCCCUGGACCUGGAGGAGCCCAGCUCGUGCGGUGGCUGCAGCUCACCAGGACCCCUCUUCCCCGCCAAGCCCCGCUUCUCCAGCGAGAGCAGCUCCCGCAGCCGGCUGAGCUCCAUGACGGUGGGCAGCGAGGACAGCUCUUUCCAGGGCAGCGCCUGUGAGGACUGGGCUGCAGAGAGCCUGAGCCGCCAGUCCAGCACGGACGAUGACUGCGUGUUCCCCAGGGACGGGGACAGCGCUGCCGGGAGGAGCUCCCUGCGCAGGAACCGCAGCAUCAGCCUGGCCAGCAGCGGCUCCAUGUCCCCGCUCUGGGAGAGCAGCAGCUACUCCAGCAGCUUCGGGACCCUCCCGCGGAAAAGCAGGAGAGCCAGCGUGCGGAAGCACCUUUUGAAAUUCAUUCCAGGGUUUCACCGGGAGCUGGAAGAGGAAGAGAGUCGGGUCUAACGUCACACGCGUCACCCUGGAUGUCUGGGCUCUGCACGUGGGACCGAGGCAGCCCCUCACCCCGAGCACUCCGUGGGUGAAGGGUGGUGGCACGGCAGGGCACUCCUCCAGAUAACAGCACUGAUGAGAUUUACGCAGCUCCAGGGUUUAAUUAUUUUCAUUUUUCAAUCAGAGCAUGCUGUGGACCUCUUCAUUAACGUGAGAAAUGUGAAGAACCUUUGCAGAACUUCCUCAGCGAACUUUAGUGUUAAUAACAGUUUUUAAUUGAAUGCAAAAUUGAUAGCUAUUUAUUUCC